CCUCCGAAUCAGUCGACACGUCAAGCUUGCUCGAGGGAAAGCAAAACCAAGCCAAAGUAUCCAUCCGAAUCCAACCCGGCGCACGAAGCAACGACUCGCCGGAGAAGAAUCCCGUAGGGAAAUCAAACCAUCGGAGGAGCUUCACGAUGGCGGGGGAGGGGAGGCCGGACGCGCAGCUCUUCCAGCUCCUCACCGACCUUCUGCAGGAGGUGGAGUCAAUGAGCAACCAGGAAGAGGUAGAAUUGAGAGCAAAGAUUGAAGCGCUGGGCCUAGAAGUCACUAAGGUUCCAGAGAAGGCACCUAAGCAACUUGAUGAGUUAGAAAUAGCCGCAGAGCUGGACAGACUGUCGGCAAGGCUCGAUAAUGUCGACAAGAUGAUAUCAUCUGCCAUUACAUCUGACCCAGAGGUGAAAUCGCUUCUGAGCAGCACCGCCGAUGUCUGGAUGCCCGUCAUCACCGCGUCUGCUGAUGAAAGGCGGGGGUUUGCCGAAACAAGCGGUGACAAGGAAGAGCAAGAGAAAUCUAAGUAAAUAGCUUGGACUGAAGCCCUUGUACUCCUUUGUGCCAGCCUUGUUCUGCAUUUUCCUUGCAUGAGUAUAUGUUCAUACCUGUGUGUAUCAAAUGUUCUUUUGGGCAAUAACAGAAAAUAAAAAACAUGUUGUUCAUGUACUUGCUAUUCUAAUUUGUGUGAUGGUUGAGGUAAUAAAAGUCUGCCAAGCAUUGUGUCUGGGUGCUA